AUGAUGGAGUCUGAGAAGAAACCUGAGAGUGAAGAUGAAGAUGUGUACAGGGUGGCAGAAGGCUCAAGGACUUUAUCUCACACUGUGGCUGGUGGACCUGCACUUGCUGGGAGAGAGUCUCCUGAGAAUUCCACAAGCAAAAGGGGCUUUUCAGAAUCAUCUGACGCCAACAGUGUCACUGUGGAGGCAGCCAUACAGACACCUGCUUUCAAACGAAGAAAAUUAUCUGAAGUAGAGCCCCUUAAGUCUGAGGAGCAGGUUGCCCAAGGGUCAGAAGUGUCCUCAGGCCCAGAGACAGAAGGGGGGCUCCUGCUAGGGUCAGCUGUGCAAGAGCCUUUCCUGAAGGCCUGCCCUGGCCCUCCCAGCACCUUCUCUUCGUGCAGCUCCAUUUCCGCUGAAGCUGUUCCUUUUAGAAUAGACGCUGAAGAAAAGGCUGCCCAGGACACGAAUUCCCUUGAAUCUGGGAGAGAGCCUCCUUUGCCCCUUGAAGAGACAAGUGCAGCCUGUGCGCUCGGAAAUGGGGAUCCAGCUUUCAAGUGUGACGAGUGUGGCCACUUGUUUUCUUCCAGCGUGGAGCUGGAGAAACACACAGACUCUCACCUGUCACCAACGAAAGGACAGGCCUGCUCGCACCGGGAUGCCCAGGCAGAGAGCAGCAGCGUAGCUUUGCAUAUGCAUGUCAGACAGGCCCAGGGGCCCCAGAAAGCCUUUUCUUGUGAUCUUUGUGGUUUUCAGUGUGUGGAAGAAAACCGGCUGAACAUGCACUACCUUGGCAAAACUCAUCUCCGGCGCCAGAACUUGGUUGCCCGGGGAGGAUUUGUUCAGAUCCUGACCAAACCACCAUUUCCUAAAGAAUCGUGCACCCUGGGAGCAAAACAUAUUCAGACGAAAACAAGAGCUUCUAAGCCAGUAGCAAAGAACAGUGACCUGAAAGGUCUGCAUAGUGCUCCGGGUGGACUGAAGGAGCUCCCAGAAGACCUUCCUGCCCCUAGUAGUGCUGGGGACAUGCUGCCAUCUAGCAGUGUCUUGGGAAAGGCAGGGAUUGCUGGGGAAGCUGUGACUCCCCCUGGUGCAGCACAGAACCCCGAAAGCCAGAGCACAAACUCAGGAGCUUUAGCAACUUCUGAGGGUUUCUCGAAUAGCCUAGCACUUCUGAGGAACCCUGUCCAGAUUGCUCACAGUCUCAGCUCAGCACCAAGACUGAGACAUGAGCGCAGCCUGCUCAUGAUGGGGAGCAGUUUCCGACGGCGGAGUGGCCUCAAGGGCCAGGCCAAGAAAAGGUUUGGCCUUUUAGGAAUUAGUAAAAGAGGAAGCAGUGAAACUCAGAGGAUGUACCUGAAACAUUUGAAAACACAGCUAAAAGCAAGUGGCACACAGACUGUAUCUCCUCAUCCCGAGGUCAGUGGCAGCUUCCACACUUCAGAUGUGACUUAUGCAGCAGCCCAGGCCCCAAAACAGGACAAAAGAAGCCCCCAUCUCCUGUGCUCCUUGGACUCUCUGACAACAGGGCCAGCUUCUGACCAUCAGGUGUUGUGCGCUUGUACAGACUGUGACCAGAUAACUACUGCCGGGAUGGAACUGGAAAUCCAUACAAAAAGGUGCCAUGCAAGAGAGAUAGUGUUUUCCUGCCAGGCAUGUGACUUUUCCUGUAUGUCCCAGAGGGACCUAGACGAACAUUUGCACAAUGACCAGCAUCAGCAAACUGCCUCCCUGCUCCAUUGUCAGUGUUGCUCAUUUAUCUCUGUGAAUGAAAUAAAUCUUCGAGACCACAUGAAGGAACAGCAUAGUAUGGGUUUCCUCUGCAUUCCUUGUAACCUGUUUUUCUUGUCUGAGAAAGAUAUGGAAGAACACAGAACUACUGAGAAGCACCUGCAUUUAUCAGUUUCAACAAAGCCUUCCCAACCAUUCGAACAUGAUUUGGCCAUACCGUCUUUACCGUUGGGUACUUUAGAGCCAGCAAAUACAAAAGUUUCUCUGAGUGAGUCAGAAAAAACAACUCAGGAAGAACCUGUCAAGUCCAGGCUAAACCAGGGGAACGAAGUGCGGCAUGCAAGUAAACCUCAGUUCCAGUGCAAGAAGUGUUUUUAUAAAACCAGGUCAUCCACAGUUCUCACCAGGCACAUAAAGCUUCGUCAUGGCCAAGACUACCACUUUCUCUGUAAAGCAUGCAAUCUUUAUUCUCUGAGCAAAGAGGGAAUGGAGAAGCACAUUAAGAGGAGCAAGCAUCUUGAGAAUGCUAAGAAAAAUAAUAUUGGAUUAACUUUUGAAGAAUGCAUCGAAAGAGUCUGGAUAGGUGCAAAUGACAAAAAGGAAGAGUUGAACAUGUCUGGUAAUGGGAGGCCAGAUGGCCUUGGCGACCCCAUGCCACUGCAGGAGCAGUCCUGUCUUGAGAAGAUAUCGCUCACUCCCAAGGACCUUUCCCAGUCAGGCCUGGUCACCAAAGAUGAGACCUUAGUUCUGAACACCACUCCCAAGAGAGGCCGACCGAAAGGCAGUCUAUCCCGGACGUGUUCACACUGUGGACUUUUGGCUUCGAGCAUCACAAACUUGACUGUGCACAUCCGACGGAAACACAGUCACCAAUACAGUUAUCUCUGCAAAGUGUGCAAGUAUUACACUGUCACCAAAGGAGACAUGGAACGCCACUGUGCCACCAAGAAACACAAAGGCCGUGUAGAAAUUGAAACGAGUGGAAAACAAAGUUCAGAUAUCAUUAUUGGCCCGGAAGCGGGCCACCUGGAAGCCUGUAGAAAGAGCCCCAAUUCUGAUGAACUUGCUAACAAGGCAGGUGGAUCAGGUGCUUCCCUUUCCGAGAAGGCAGUAACAGAACAAGGAAAUGCGAUUGAAGUUGAGGUGGAGAGUGUGUUUCAUUCGGUGGAUGGGGAUGCUGGCAGCGGUGCCGUGGACAAAAGCGGACAUAUGUCUCUCGAGCCAGACAACCUCCUUGAGCAGGAGGAGGUGUGCUGUCAGAGAGAUGUUGUAGGCCCCCGUGAUAAUAAGUGUGGCCACUGCGACUUUAACACCCACUCUUGUGCUUCCCUUGAACUGCACAUAAAGCGCAAACACACCAAGGAGUUUGCUUUCUAUUGCAUGGCGUGUGAUUACUACGCAGUGACCCGCCGUGAGAUGAUGAGGCACGCAGCCACCGAGAAACACAAGCUGAAGCGACAGGCCUACCUGAACUCUUCCAGUGCCGAAGCCAGUUCCGGAGAACUGUCCAGCGAUGGCCUUCUGCCCGAAGAGCAGCACCAGCAGCCCUGCGAGGAGUUCCGCGUCAUCUCACACCAGCAGCCCGAGACCCUUCACUCUGGCUCUCCUGUGGAUCCUUGUGUUUUGGAGGAGGAGGCCCAGUUACACCUGCCAAAAGCUCUCUGUGCUUCACACUCUGCAGACACGGUGACUCUAGGAGAAUCGAACCUCUGUGAUAACCGUCCCUUAUAUGAAACCCUCCAGGAGCCCCCAGUCAAAGAUAAAGUCCUGGGCUCAGCGGAGAUGGUGUCACUUCAAAUCUCCGCUGACCUCAGCUUCUCAAGCAAAGCACAGUAUGAAAACUCAGGAGGUUCAGCUUUGAAUGACAAGAAAGCAGAAAGAGACCACACCGAGACAGAUGUCACUGAUGGUCUUACUGUGCAUUGCGAAGGUGGUGGGGGCAGUCUGCGAGAUAGUAGCGAUGCUGCCAUCCGUGAUCACAUAUCUUCUGGGGUUCUGACUGGGGAGCAUUCAGCUGAAAACACCACCCCUGCCAUGAUGGGAACUGCAGCGAAAGAGCUGGAACCGGAUAGUGAGGGGCAGAACAAAGAUGGAGGUGUUGAGCCUUCAGGAGAUUGGACUUGUGCACAAGAGGACCCUGUCUUAGAAAACAAGAUCCUUGUGAAUUCACAGCAGGAAAGUAAAAUUAUUUUGGAGGAGGAUGGUUCGGCUUCUGACAGCAGGGUAGAAAGCAGUGGCCUGUAUGAAACCAUCAUCAGUAUUGACGAGAAGGGUCAGACUGUGUAUGGCUUUGGCCAGUUUGAUUCCUCCAUCAUCAGAAUAAAGAACCCUGAAGAUGGGGAACUGAUGGAGCAGCCUGAAGAAGGCCUCCUAGAAGCUGGAGUGAGAAUCAGCGAGUUGCCUUUAAAAGACAGUGCUCAGGGGUUGAAAAAGAAGAAAUUGGAAGGCAGCUCCUUCAGUGAAUCCACGCGAAUCCGCUGUGAUGACUGUGGCUUCUUGGCAGACGGUCUGAGUGGACUCAACGUGCACAUAGCCAUGAAACACCCGACCAAGGAGAAGCACUUCCACUGCUUACUCUGUGGCAAGUCCUUCUACACGGAGAGUAACCUCCACCAACACUUGGCCAGUGCUGGCCACAUGAGGAAUGAGCAGGCCAGCGUGGAAGAACUCCCAGAGGGCGGGGCCACCUUUAAAUGUGUGAAGUGUACAGAGCCCUUUGAUUCUGAGCAGAAUUUAUUCCUGCAUAUUAAAGGCCAGCAUGAGGAACUGCUGCGGGAGGUGAACAAGUACAUAGUGGAAGACACAGAGCAAAUCAACCGGGAGAGAGAGGAGAACCAGGGCAAUGUGUGCAAGUUCUGUGGGAAGAUGUGUCGGAGCAGCAACUCCAUGGCCUUCCUGGCACACAUUCGCACUCACACAGGAUCAAAACCGUUCAAGUGCAAGAUCUGCCAUUUCGCAACAGCUCAGCUUGGUGAUGCCAGGAACCAUGUCAAAAGGCACCUUGGGAUGAGGGAGUACAAGUGUCACAUCUGCGGAGUUGCUUUUGUAAUGAAGAAGCAUUUAAAUACUCACCUACUUGGCAAACAUGGAGUUGGCACCCCCAAAGAAAGGAAGUUCACGUGCCACCUGUGCGACCGAAGCUUCACCGAGAAGUGGGCCCUGAACAACCACAUGAAGCUGCACACGGGUGAGAAGCCCUUCAAGUGCUCCUGGCCCACCUGCCACUACUCCUUCCUUACGGCCUCGGCCAUGAAGGACCAUUACCGGACCCACACAGGCGAGAAGUCAUUCCUGUGUGACCUGUGUGGCUUUGCCGGCGGGACCCGGCACGCCCUCACCAAGCACCGCAGGCAGCACACAGGGGAGAAGCCUUUCAAAUGUGACGAGUGCAACUUUGCCUCCACCACCCAGUCACACCUGACCCGGCACAAGCGCGUACACACAGGGGAGAAGCCAUAUCGAUGCCCCUGGUGUGACUACAGGUCCAACUGCGCUGAAAACAUCCGCAAGCACAUUCUGCACACAGGCAAACAUGAAGGGGUCAAGAUGUACAACUGCCCCAAGUGUGACUACGGCACCAACAUUCCCGUGGAGUUCCGGAAUCACCUGAAGGAGCAGCAUCCUGACAUUGAGAACCCUGACCUGGCCUACCUGCAUGCAGGCAUCGUCUCCAAAUCCUAUGAAUGUCGCCUCAAGGGCCAGGGUGCCACCUUCGUAGAGACGGACAGUCCCUUCACAGCAGCCACACUGGCCGAAGAGGCGGCGGUGGCAGUAGCGGCGGCAGCAGUGGGCAAGGAGCGUCCGGCUCGAAGUGGGCGGCGAGCAGCUGCAGCCGAUGAGGUCCAGCAACUCAUCAUCAUCCAGGGCUAUGACGGCGAGUUUGCCCUGGAUGCGUCGGCCGAGGACACGGCGGCUGCCACGCUGCAGACACUGGCGCUGGCAGGUCAGGUGGCACGGGUGGUGCACAUCACUGAGGAUGGACAGGUCAUCGCCAGCGGCCAGGCAGGCAGCGCAUCGGGGCCGCAGGUGCUGGUGGUGGGCGGCUCAGCCGAGGCACCUGCAGGGGACGUGUCCCUGAGUCCCGUUGGCGGUGCCGUAGUCCCACAGGCAAGCCUGCCUGCACUAGGGGACCUGGCGCCACCUGACCCGGCUUCGGCCCUGGACGCACUACUGUGCGCCGUCUCUGAGCUGGGUGGCACCGACGACAAGGGCCGCGCAGGCGCCAAGGAGGUACUGCUGCAGCUGCCCGCGCCCGACGCACCGCUGCCCACAGCCUCGGAGCUGCCUGAGGCCAGCGAGCCGGGCCCCGAGCUGGUGCGGCCUGCGCAGGAGCGUGCGCAGGCAGCACUCAAGAAGGUGGUGCAGGGGGUCUUGCAGCUGGCCGUGUGUGGGGACGCGGGCAAAGAGGGCGUCACACAGCUCAUUGUAGACCCUGAGGGUGGCGUGCAGAUGGUGGCACGCGAUGGACCUCACCUGCUCCUGCACGAGACCCCAGGGGCCCCACACGCGCACGGGCAUGCAGCCGACAGCGAGUACCACCAGAUCAUUGUCACCGACGAGCUGGUGCAGGCCAUGGUACAGGGCGCAGCAGGCACCUUUCCCGACGGCCCCACACACUACAUCGUCACUGAGCUGCCCUCCGGGUCACAGGACCCUGGCGUGUUCGCACACACGCUGCUGGAGGCAGCCGAGUCACAGGAGCUCCUGCCGGCUGGGGUCCCUGCGGGCACCGAGCAGCUCACCAGCAUGGUCAUCUACACGCAGGAUGGCGCCCCAGCCGCCACCGUCAUCCAGAGCCAGAGGGACGGCAGCGGCCUGCAGGAGGCCUGAGCCCCUUGUGUCUCCCAUGACAGGGCCUCCCGGACACGCCCACACUCCCACCCGGCCUGGGUGGCCAGGACUGCUCGGACCAGCGGGGCACAGCCAAGGUCGCCGGCAGGAUUCGCCUCGCCCUCCCAGUUUCCUGUUACAGGUUUUUCUUCCACUAGUCAUUGUGCCCAGGUAAAACCGAGGGAGCAUCUGGACCCCAGAGAUAUUUUUCAGGUCUGAUUCAGAGGGUGCCCUGGGUGGGGACAUGUUUGUGCAUGCCCCAGGGAGAUGGUUUGUGCAGAAGGUCCUAUCUCCAUGUGCUUGGGUGGAGCCUGGACCCUGUAUCUGUUUUCUCAGCCCCAGCUCUGUACUUGGUGGCAAGUCUAAGCUCACAGCUCUUUUAUCAGAGUCCGCUUGAUUCGAGCAGUUCAGUUUGGGGGAACCACAGGGUCCCAAGCCCCGGGCUGUGGGUUGGUUUCUGAGUCCCUUGUUGUCCACGGUGCUCCAGCACAUGCCGUCUAGCCCCGCUGCUCUGGCCCUAUUUCUCCUCCCACAGGGUCUGGGGGCCGAUAUAUCUGUGGGGUGGACUUUGAGCUGCACCCAGCCCGCAACCUUGGGGACUUAGCAAACACGGGUGUCUCAGGGCCCAGCAGUGUAGUUCUUCUGCCACCUACUUUCCAGAAUUGUAAGAUAAUUGUCCCUGAUGCAAAUGUUAUUUCUCUUGGUUUUUUUUUUUCCUUU